AUGGAUUUGGAAACACCAUGCAUUGUUUCCCGCAUUGCUAUUGAGGCGGGUGGCGUUUCGAAGCGUAUGGGGGUGGGGAGAAAGUUUGGAAAGGGAGAGUCACUCGAGAAGGUAGGCUCCCUUCAAAAUCCCUGCUGUCUGCAUUUUCUGCAUACCAUGCAUGGACAAAAUCCAAUGUAUCAUUCUUGAGUACGCAAUUGCCUCAGGCAUGCAUUUGAUAGCACGACUUUCUGCUAGCAUUGGAAAUUUGCAUGCACAAGUUUCCAUAUCCGAAUUGGAAUAUACCUGUUGUAUGUAAAGUGUCAAAAAGUUGUAUUCUGCAAGGAUGGAGUAUGCACGUUCAUUAAAUACAAAUAUUUCUUAGUAAGUUGACCCGAGAUCCUAGUAAUAUGCAAGAAAAUGUCCAGCGGAGGAGCGUGUUUGCUUUAUUAAAAAAAAUAAUAUUUUCAACUGAUACUGAAAUUUUAAUCUUUUUCACAGGGUCUAUCAUUAAUUUCGGAAGCGAAGGAAGAAGAUGCCAUGAAAAGAACAACAUUGGAACAGUUUCUUUCCCAAACUGUAGUUUGUUUACAUGGCCUGGAGGAAAACGUUUCUUCUGUAAUAAAUGGAGAUUUUCCUGACCUUUUGAAAACGUUUGAAGAACGUAUUGAACGACUGCAACAAAGAGAUUACUGCAUCCUCGUUGCUGGUAGGUUAAAUGUCUAUCAACUAUAUAUAACAAAUAGAAUACGAGUUCUUGAAUGAAAACACUCAACCAUUUAUACUUUGAAUUUGUUCUGUGUUGGUGUAGUGUACUCAGGUGAAUAUGAUAUUUGUGGUGUUACUCUGAGUGUAUAUCCACACCGGGCGAGCUUGAAAAAUAUGCCCGGCCACGGUGGGACUCGAACCUACGACCUUUGGAAUACUAGCCCAAUGCUCUUCCAACUGAGCUACGCGGUCAGGACGGUUCGACUUUUGUGACAGAUAAUUGACUUUAUUUUAACCAAAUCCUGUAAAAGUCCAAGGUAAAACUUUAUCUCCGAUGUGUUGUAAAUGUUGUAAAAAUCCGUGAAAAUGAAAAAAAUAAAAACAAAUCACACAAAAGAUCACAUUUUUUAUCUCGUACACUUUUUAUAAGUGAUUUGUCCCUCGAUUUUCGGCACUACAGUAUGCGCGCGUUAACAGUCAACUCUUAUCAACUCUCGUGUAACUUUUGUUCUCGUCUGACCAGGUCAUGAGCUUGAGUUAGAGUUGAGCUAGAGAAAAUUGUUAUGCAUAUACUCUCGCCUGCCAUCUCGUUUGACCGGAACUUUACUCCACACUAUUAAUCUGCAACUUUAAUUUAGCUUGUAACAUCGUGUUUUUAGGGGAAACCAGUUCUGGAAAAAGCUGUCUGAUAAACCUGUUACUUGGCGUAGACCUUUUACCUUACUCCAUCCUCAGCACAACAUCAACAAUAUGUGAGAUAAAGUACGGCCAACACCCAAAACUUGUUGCGCAUUACAAAAACGAUGGCGACAACUCCAGAUCACCAUUGCACCCGAAAACUAUAACAUUGAGCAAACCCAAUGAUUGUGGCAAGAGCUACCGAGACCAAAUUGCUCCUUAUGUCCAUUUGAAGGAGAAGAGGCAAGAAGGAUCUAGCUAUGAGAAAGUGGAGAUAUUCUGGCCACAUGAAUUGUUAAAGGUGAUUAUUGCUAAAGGAAAAUAACGGUCGUUAUGGUCAAUGAUGUUGCAUGGAGGUGUUGUGCCCAUUAUGUUUGAAUAAGAGGUCCUGAAGAGGUUGGAUCCUAUAGAUCUCCCAUUUCCCAGUCAUUUUUUAAACCAAAUCCCAGUCCCAACAGGAAAAUCCCAGAGCAGGUGGUUCAUCUAUGUGAUGACCUUUAAAACGCAAUUCAGCGUGCAAUAGACCUUAUGCAUGAUGACGUCACAAGGCUUGAUGCCCGCGAGGAAAGCUGGUUUUAGUAGUCCGGAAAAAUUAAACGGCCCCUAUCGAAAUAAUGGCCACUAUCAAAAUUUUCCCGGGCGAUUACUACUAAGACCAGCAUUCCUCGCGAGCAUCAAGCCUUGUGACGUCAUUAUGCAUAUUGCGCUCUUGAGAACUAGUUCUAUUGCGCUCUUGAGAACUAGUUCUGCCGAGUAAAAGGUAAAUGACAGACUCACGAUAGCAGAAAAAACGGCCUCAUCGAGGUCUUCACUGUUCUAUAGCAGUUCUUAAAGUUUCAUGGGAGUUCCUAAUCCAAAAUAGGCCAAUGCCAGUAUAGACUCUACUGUUUAUGGCGCUCUUGUCCCAAUGACAUAGUUUUCGUGCACGUGUGGUUAAAAUUUCCACAUGUUUCGUCCACAAUAGGUUAUGAAUAAUGCCUUGUGAAUGAGAUCAAGAUCAAACAGAACCAUAUAUACGUGCAUGAAAUAUUAGGAAACAAACUUCAUGUGUGCCUGCGGCCAUGCUAAAACCGGAAAACAUGGAUAAAUAUCAAGAUUUUUGUGGCAUCUCGCUCGAAUGAAUAAUAUUUGAUGGGUAUUGUAGAUGGAAGUUGUCCAGUAGAAAUUUAUAUACAUUUAUUAGACCUAACCUGGAACAGAAGCGAAAAAUGCAACUUUAGGUCCCAGGAAUUGAACCUGCGGCCCUGCGAUUUCGGUGCAGUUCUCUAACAAACUGAGCUACAGAGGCCAGUUGUCGAGUUACUCUCGUGCACUUUCGGGAAUAUGAAACAAUGGAAUCUUAUAUUCUUUUGUCACAUGGCAUUUUUCUAGGUUGGUAUUGUGAUUAUCGACAGUCCAGGUGUUGGUGAAUCUGAGGAAAUGGAUCAAAUUUUGAUGAGAUACCUUCCGAAGGCUUUUGCUUUUAUCUACGUGAUUAGCUGUAGUGAUGCUGGAGGUAUCCAAAAAGACAGGGUAGGUAUUAAAUAAUUAUUCUCAAUUCUGUUUUUGCAAAAACCAACGAGAAAUUCGUUCCCUCUGCUUGCAUUCCGGAUAGAUAAUUAUCUACUGUUUGAAUUGCAUUCGACGCGACCAAAAUGCGACGUAUAAAACAGUCCUUAGAUUCUGGAAUUAUAAAAGGCACCACAUCUUUCGAAAAAGUCUUUGCAGGGACGAUGCAGAAAAUAUUUUCAGCCAAAACAAUUCAGCGUUUUGUGCUUCACAUGCAAAAAAAAGUUUCCAAAAACAUUCCCGCGUAAGCUUUGUGACACAAUCCUCACAGCAAGCGCCUUUCACUUCUGAGAUCGUGGGUUCGAUUCUCUCUGCGGACCGGCAUAUCGGACGCCCGACGUGGGUUUAUUCCGGUACGCCGGUUUCCUUCCACAGGGAAUGUUGAUAAGGUGUGUUAGCUUUGACCCUUAUCUGACCCUUAGCCUUAAACUCGAUCAGCUUUUAGCCUGCAAACAGGCGUUUAUUCAGGUGUUACAAUCCCACCAGAAUAAACGCCUGUUCGCAGGCUAAUCAGCUUUGAGCUGCGUUCGUGCAAAAUACAAAUAGCGAUCUUAAGAUUCUACGACGCGGCAGUCUACAACGCGCUAAAUUUCCGCGUUGCAGCCUGAGGAGAACAACGUCUGCGUAUUGUAAAAAGUAGAUUAAGAUCUCGCGCUUUCAACUACGCGGACGUGUGUAUUUUAUAGACAACUGUUCAUCAAGAUGUGUUCAUUUAGGCAAGCUAGGGAAGCCGCUAUUUUGGCUUAUGACUCUUCUUUUAUUGAUGAAGAUGAGUUCGUACUUCUUUACGACAUGUGUCAUUCAAAAAACCCCGAAUUACCGUACCAAAACUACGAGAGUUUUGAAUUGGACAACAUCGACGAAGCUGAAUGCGAGGUUCAAUUUCGUUUUAAAAAACAUGAAGUUCCUGUUCUUGCUGGUGCGAUGGGUGUGCCUGGACGAUUCACAUGCCCACAAGGAACUAUUUGCGACGGAAUGGAGGCUCUGUGCAUGCUGUUGCAGCGAUUUCGCUACCCGUGUAGGUAUAGUGACUUGGUUUCGACGUUUGGUAGACCCGUCCCAGAGCUAAGUAUGAUUACAAACCAGGUUUGGAUUUUAUUUAUGACCAACAUGCUCACAGGCUAACACAGUGGAACGACCAGCUGCUGAGUCCUCGAUGCCUUCGAAGAUAUGCCGAAGCAGUGGCUCGUAAAGGGGGUGCAUUGGCGAAUUGUUUUGGUUUUAUUGACGGGACAGUGAGGGCAAUAUGUCGCCCUGGGCAAAUGCAGCGGUUGGUUUACAAUGGUCAUAAGCGUGCCCUUGCAUUGAAAUUUCAGGCAUUAGCGCUACCUAAUGGCUUAAUUGGAAACUUAUUUGGACCUGUAGGUAUGUUCACAUGUUUAUUUAAUUUUUAUUGUUUACAUCACACACCCACGUUAUUCCCCCAGAGGCUAAAAUCCUGUAGCGUAGCAACAAAAAGUGUGGUUUUUUAAUAUCAUCAACUUUGAUAGUGUUUUACUGUAAUAUUGUAUUUAUUAUAUAUUGUACGUAAAACGUUAAAUCCAUGGACCAUGAUAUUCAUACACCUUUUGCAAAAAGGAUAACACAAUAGGACUGUAAAAGGUUUGUUUAAUUAAUUCUUCUUUUGCAUAAUAUUUUUAGAGGGAAGAAGACAUGAUUCUGCCAUGCUUGUUGAUUCAGGCUUGUUGACUGCUCUAGAAGAGCAUGCAUUUGGUGAUGGCCAGCCUAUGUGUGUUUACGGUGACCCGGAAUACCCUCUUCGCAUACACCUUCAGGCACCGUAUAGAAACCGCCCAUACAUAACACCACAUGCAGAUGGAAGCCUUCAACAAGUCAAUGAGCAUUGUUCGUGUUGCAGUUGA